UCGAUAUCGCGCGGAAUCACGGACGGAUCAAAAUGGCGAUUCAGUCGCUGUUUACGGUACGGGCGUAUGGUUCAUAGUGACGCGGCGGUGAGUAUCGGUGCACGAGAGAGAUUUUCUAACAGUGAUACGUGCUUGUGCCAUCGCAAAUUGACGGAUUUUCCUUGAUAUCGCAAGUAUGGAGAUUCAUAGGCCGGAAAGGACGGCGGAGAAAGUGUCGGGCGGCAUUGAUGGUGACGCGAUGGGCGUAACAGCGGAGCCGAUGCCUGCGGCGUCAUCGCUUCCAGUUCCGGAGCUGGUCCCGCAAUCUAUCGGCGAGAACACGAACAACGUCGACUACGCAAAAAUGCGCGUGCUGAGGAAAACUUAUGGAAGAUUGGAAAGUGGCAGUGGUAGCGGUGAUCAGGACGGUGGUCAACAUGAGGAUAGCAUAGAUAUUGCAGCAAAAAAGAGAAGAACUCGCAGAGGCAAACCCAAACACAGAAAGUUGAAGCCAUACUCAAAGCAACAGUUAUCCUGUCAGCAACAGGUGCGCAGUAGAUGUGUUGGGCAAAUGGCAAAAACUGGCAGACAACCACCAGCUCCGUACAAUACUACACAAUUCCUUAUGGCCGAUCACAGUGAUCUACCUGAUCUCGAGCAGAAAUUGUCGGGAGUCGCAUCAUUGGAAAUACCUGCCAUGUUUCAAAAGCCAUCUGCGCCACCGCGUACCCGGGAUUCGAGCUUUAGCGUUGAUUCCGAUGAAGAUUACUUCUACUCGUCUCCAGAAGACGAAGAGGAAUUCUUGACGAAGGAAUUUUCGAACGCGUACGAGGACCUUCACGCAGAAAGAUUGAACAAUCUGUCAAAAUCUCAACUGAUACAAGAGUAUUUGCAGUUAGAAACUAGAAUGGAUUUGUUGUCGAAGCGACAGCGUAUGAAAAAUAUGCAUCCAAUAGAAGAAAGGGACACGGAAAACAAGAUAGACCCGGAAAUGGCCAAGAAACUGAAAAUGUAUCAGCAACGAAUCGAUGACCUGUUACAACAGAACGAGCAGCUGAAACGGGAGAAUGAGAUGCUACAUACAAAAAAGAGGUUGCGCGCAAGCAGCUCCGAGUCUAGCGUCGACAGCGAAAGCGAUAGUGACAGUUCUAGUAAUAGCAACCAGACCAGAUGCAGUUGCUCUCCCUCGAGUCCUGGAACGUCUCCUAAGAAUGCUCAUAAGCCUAGGUUAGAUAAUUUCAAAGCAGACAGUAAAGAAGACAGCUUCGACGUCGCUCAGAACGACAGUCCCCGAACGUGCACGACACCCACCAAUCUUUCCAACGGUCAUAUGAUCAUGAACGAAACCAAAAGUUAUCCUACUUAGAUUUAAAGAGGAUUUCUCCUUUACAAGCCGCGAGACGCGAAAAAUCACUUGUGUUGUUGUUACGUUCAAUAUCGUGCCCUUUGUAGAAUGCUUCGAACACGUAUUCUUCGACACACUUGGGAACAUAGUCGAGUUCAAUGGUAAGAUUUGUUUCUAAUUAAUUUCUUUAGUAAUGACUUAAAAUGACUGCGCGAUUUGCUGUAAAAUGAGGGAAUAAACAUAUCUAAAUUGCAUUCUAAAACAUUCUUUUUGAGGGAAAUUUGGAAUACAACCUAGAUUUCUGCUUUAUUGCUAUUUGAUAAAUCUUGAAAAAUAGAAUACAAAAUAUAAUUUGUAUUUGCUAUGAAUCAGAAAAAAUGCAAUAGCUUAAAUCGAUAAGAAUUUAAUAUUUUAUCAGAAGUUUUUUUUAGGCAUACCACUUAAGAGAUUAAUUUUCGUAAAAGGUAAAUUCCUUCAUUGGAUUGUGUCUCAAAAUGUAUUGGAUGAAAUGUGUUCCAACCAUUUUGCAAACGAGUCUACACAAAGCUCGGAAGUUACUGACUGCGUUUAGAAAAUAUAAUAAUUGAGCUCCACCAGAGAUACAUUCUAAAUCUAUCAUAAAUCUAAAAUUGUAUUAAAAAAUGUCUUUAUAAAUUACAGGCAAUAAUCAUUGAUUGUUAACUGUCAUUUUACUGAGUCGCCUCUUUCUCAUUCGGUGUCACUGAACACUGAAAAUGAAGUUAGCGACAUAAAUUCUCUUGACUACAUUGUAUGACUGUAUAAAUGUAUUGUUAGUAUUUGGCUGCUUACGGGGACCCGAAUGGGAAGGAUAACAAUCUCACAAGACGGUAAUGUCCGAGCUUUGAUUAUGAUGCUCCCAUUAGAAGCCAUGCUAUAUGCUACUAUAUCGAUUCUAUGUAUGUCUUAACAACUAAAAAACGCGUUUUCCGAUCAGUUGUAAUUAUGUGACGUUCGAAUCUUACUCCUGAUAUCUUCUAAAUCUCAUUAGACCAUCUUUUAAUAUCCUGUCACAAUCCGCUGGUUUAUUCUUCUUUUUCCCCUUAAGACUGUCUUGCGUAUAAAUAUGUAACAAUACGAUAAAUAUAGGAUUAAUAUUCCAUAGGAGAACCACUCUUUCGCGUCUGUACUAUUCUGUUAUCUGCUUGGCGAAGUUUAUAUUCACAUUCACUAUACGUAUUUUGCGCGUCCGCUUCAGUCUAUCCCCUUUAAUCUAGAGUUAUUCUAUACAAUUCACGUCAUUUCAGCCAGAGUUUUUCCUUUUUGCGUAUUGCCAGUUAUGAAUGCUGAGUUUAUAAAUUGACGGUCUACAGACCAUCAACUAACACAGACCUAUGUACAUACACACAUAGGCAAAAUGGAAGGUACAAUUGUUUACACGCAUCGGAAGUAUUAUAUUAGCAGUAAGCUAUGUAUACAUAUAUAUAUAUAAAUAUAUAUGUAUAUGUAUGUAUCUAAUACAAUGAGAUUGUGAUGCACACUAUAUUGUAGAAACUUUACGAUCUUUGUACAAUUGUAUAGUUUUAGAGUAAGACAAAAUGUUAGUUUAUGGUCUGAAAGUGUAAGAUAUAUAUAAAGAUGUUUUACAUUUCCGAUUUUUAAUAAAUCUUAAGUUUCGUGUUCUUCGAA